UCAUGGCGCGCCCUUCCUCCGUCGGUGCGUGUGGUUGGUUGAUUGGUAAGCCUCCACAAAUCACACUUCCUUGGCUAGUCGCCUUCGCGCACACGACCCGACCUGCAGGGACCACCUAACCUACCACUCACUCACUUACUCACUCGCUCGCUCACUCACCAAGCUCUUUCCCAGCCAUGUCGUCGACGGUCAGCAUCCCGUCGUGCCGUGCGAUCCACGUGCUCGGCCCAGACAGCGAGGUCGAGCUGUCGCGCGGCACGCUGAGCCUGACUGAUGACCUAGUCCUCUCCGUCGGCUCGCACGCAACCUUCCAGCUCCCGACGGCGUCCCCGUCAGAAGGAGCUGGCGGCGAUGCUGAUUCCGCCGCUGCACCACCAGCAUUUGGCACCAUCGACGGCAAGCCAUUUACCUACGUCUUCCAGCCCGCACAGCUCGCAGGUGCAGGACACGUCCGGCUCGAGCUGCCGUCGGACCAGCACGCGCGCGACAAUCUCGAGGAGUUGCUCGUCCGGCACGGCCUCCUCCUCACGGGCGUGCGCGCCGCGGGCGACGAGCUCAUGCGUAGCACGCUCGAGAGCGCCAGCCGUGGCUCCGACAGCGUCAAGCAGCGCGGCGAAGACCAUAUCCAGACGACACAGCCCGGCGAGGCUGCUCAUUUCGAGCCAGAGACGCACCAGGCUGCGCAGAACGCGGCGGACAUGACAAGGACAGCCGCCGACAAGACGACGGCUGCCGUGGGCACCGUGCUGGACUAUGCCGCCCAGGGCGGCAAGCAAGUCCACAAGGCCGUCUCCGACACCGUGGGCGAUGCAUUCACCACGACGAAGUCUGAAGGCUCAGAAAACCGCGAGGCAGGCGACGAAAGCAGCAGGCCCGUCAUGGCCGACACGAGGCAGGCCGUGUACGAGGCAGGGUCCGGUGUCGCAGAGGCCGUCUCGCAUGUCGCUUCCUCAGCAAAGCAGACGACGUCCGACGUACUGUCGCAUAAUUACGGCAGUGAGGCAAGCCAGCUGGCGUCGACGACGGGCGAGAGCGCAGCCAAUGUGGGAAAGACGACUGUGGCUGCUGUCCACGGGCUCAGCCUCACCGGUCUGGGCGCCGGUGCCGCCGUCGGUGCAGCCCAGGGCCCUGAUGAUGAGGCUCGAUAGCGUCUCUGAUCUGACCAAAAGGUCCCGUCUUCUUGUGUAGUUA